UAGUUCCCAUUUUAUGACAGUGCUCACCUACCCACGUAAACAAGUUCACUACCGACACUAUUUUGCAAGGGCACGGUUGCUGCAUCCUGGGCUUAGCACCACCCAAGAUGGUUGUGAUUGGUUUAAGGACUCACAAACAAGCCAGAGGGUUUUUUCUUUAUGGUACAAAGAUAAGCAAUGAUUCCAGACCUAUCUCCACACUGCUGUGACUGCACAGUGGAGCUAAGAAUGGACAAACCAAACAGUGGCUCUAGAUGGGGCCAUUCACAUUUUCACAUUGGCCACCAUAGUUUUCCUACAUACUUGGCACAUUUAAACAUCGCUUUUAAUGUCAUGUCUUUAUGUCUUUUCUGUGACAGACAAAAUUGUCUUGCUGCAGCACAUCCUAGCCACCUGUUUUAUUCGGUGUCCAAAAAAAUGCCAAGAUUUUAUUUGCUGUACCCAUUUCAUCGUGGUCUAAUUCAGUUAUCUUUACUGCAAUUAAACAUGACCCUGAUAGGAACAAUGGCCUUCUGUACAGCUGAAAAACAGAAAAAAGAGAUGUGAAUAUCUAAUGUGGUUAACUUAUCUAACAAGAUUAUCACAUUUCUCAGUGAAAACCAUUUAUUUACUUAUUAAAUUAAAGUACUGGAAUUCAUUUCAAGAUAUAACUGCCUUUUUUUGGUGAGCCAAAACAGCUUUAAAGACCUGUGAAUUUAACAUCUUUUCUUGCACAUAUCUAGUCAUGGGACUGCAGGUCACUUGACAGCCCUCCUACCAAACCUAACGUCUUUCAUUAAGAAAUAAGACAUGAUUUAAUAAACCUGCCCUGUUUUAUCAUAGUAGACAUCACAUGUCUUGUCAUUCUGUGAAAAAAAACAAAACAUGACAUACAUGGACAUUUAUAUAUAUGGACAUUAUAGAUUUUAACCUAAACGAGAGUGUAGUUCCCUCACAAAGCCCCAUUGAUUCUCUUUCAUCUGAAUGGGGCUAUUCUCAGCAGGACAGUGAGCCCAGGCAGUAAUGUCAAGUCAUGGCUGUCACCGGGAGGCUAACAGCGUAACUGAAUUAUAAGUACUGGGGUGUGGAGAUUCCUGGAGCUAAGUGACGGAAUAUCAAGAGGAGCCAGAGGAGAUUUUACCUUCAGAUCUCUGCAGCUGAGGAAGCUGAGAAAGCCCAAAUAACGCUGGCCAGAAACUGACUCAUAAAGACGGAGACUUCAGCAGGUUUCUUGUGUUCAAGAUGAAGACAGCUGGUUUGUUCCAGUGAAUAACAAAGAAGAGACGACGAUAAGAGUUGAAGAACUGAGCUGCAAGAAUAUAUUCUCCCUGCAAGACAGAAAAAGUCAGUGAUGUCGAAGUUGGUUUGUCCUCUGCUUCUCCUUUGUUUACUUCCAACUGUGGUUCCCCUCUUCUGUUACACCUGUGUGUUCCCCGCCAUCUCACCUCUGGACUGCAUCAGAUACCCUCUCAAGUGUCCACCCGGGCAGGUCUGUCUGUCCAGCAGAGCUGUGGGCCAGAGAGGAGGCUUCCAUGUGGUGUUGUACGAGAAGAGCUGCAUCCUGCCCUCCUUUUGUGGAAUCACCGGUGAAAAGCAGGCCAUGGGACUCAACUUCACCUUCACCAAUGACUGCUGCAACACACACCUGUGCAAUGGAGCUGCAACACCUGCUACCUCCUGCUGGACUGGCACAAUACUCACACUUCUUAUUUCAUAUGCCCUUUGGUGAACAGAAAAAUAUGUGGAAGAGAUCUAGUUAAACACAGAUGAAUUUGCCUUUUCUGCCAUCUUAAUGGACUGACAUUGUACUCAGCGUUUUUUUAGUAACUGUGCACUAAUCUGUGCUAAACCAUAACCAUAUCUGUGAGAUAGAAAAAUAAUAUUUUUCUCUAAUUUUUGCUUAUGACAUCUAAAGACCUGCCCUACUACUUGCAGAGCUGUUUCUGAAGCGGAGAGUGGAAGUGAGUGUAACAUCUGUCACUUAUGUUCCCAUGAUUUAGUAUUUUUAUACAAACUGUGACAAAAUAAACUACCUCUACCCACUUUUCAGUCAAGUUAGUCUCAGAGGGCUCUACAGUGUUGUAUGUAAAUAUGUACACAACAGGCCUCAUGCAGGAAGCGAUAUCUGAACACAUUUUCUCUUUUCUCUUUGUACCCAUUGACUUCUGGGAUUCACCAAUAUUUUCUUAAUUUUGCUGUUCUGUGGUCGAGAGCACUCUUACCUAGACAAGAAAAAAAAACCAUCUUGUUCUCCACAGUUCUCAAUAUGUUUGUCCAGCACAAGGAAACAUAAGUUUUAUAUUUGAGGAACAUUUAAAAAAUGCACAAACAUCACAAAAUCAAAUUUAGAUUAAGUCUUACAAUGAUGAUUAGAUUAUUAAACUGUGAUUUCAGUUACUGUGCGUUCCUCUGCUGACCAGUGCUGGAAUGUAACUAAUUACAUUUACUCAAUACUGUACUUAAGUACAGUAUUGAGCUUCCUCCCUCUACUUCACGACACUUCAGAUGAAAAUAUUAUACUUUUUACUCCAAUACAAUUAUUUGAUAACUUUAGUUACUUUAGAUAAUAAGAUUUUUGCACUUAAACUAUAUGAAAAUGUACAAGUGCAGCUAAAACAAUUAGUCAGUUGAUUAGAAAAUU